AUGGCGGGCACCGGACUGGCUGGCUGGCUGGCUGGCUGGCUCGCUGGCUGGCUCGCUGUUAGUUGGUGCUCUAGCGAGAGGCAAGAGGCAAGACGCGAGGACGCGAGGAGGCGAGACGAACGAGUAUGGUACAAGGUAGAAGCUGGCACGCGCGGCGGGGGGACGUCGGUCGCGUCGCUCGUGUCGCCACCUCCCACUGAUAAAAGGCCUAAUGCGGAGAGCGAGCGAGGGACAGAGGGAGCAAGAUCUUGGAGCCACCGUUUCGGCUACGACUCUUGGCAGAGCUACCGCAGCGGUAACUUGUGUAUACCUACUCUGCCUACUCCACUUCCUUGGACGUGGAUCCGUGGUUUCGAAUUAUCCCGCAAGCAUUCGGUUGGAACCUGUGCUCUCCUGUGCCUUGUGUGUGCGCGCGAGGAAUCCGAGGAUGUGUGUAGUAGAUUGCGGCAGUAUGUGGCUGCCGGGAUGCUGUGGAUGCUAUGGAUGCCAUGGAUGUGCAUGGGAAUGGGAAUUCCGCGUCUGAGGAAGUAUGCUAGGAGAAGUGUGUGCGUAUCUAUGGCGGUCGACGACGGGGAGAUGUGUGUGUGUAUGGGUGGGUGUGGGGAUAUUCUGAUGGACGACGAGGUGGUCGACGACGAGGUGGAUGAUGAGGACGAGGACGAGGAGCAGUACCUGCCCUCUACAUCAUGUUGGAGUUGGCCUUACAUCCGAGUCGCGAUACCGAUGCCGGUUCGGCAGCUGGCGGACUGGCUGGCUGGCUGGCAGGCAGUCCGUGCUCGAACCAACAACUGCAACAACAUCAACAGCAACAUCAACAGGAACAACCACAAUCACAACAGCAGCGGCGACAACUACCAGCUCCUACAUAGUACUAGCAUCUACUAG